AGCAGGGUACUUACUAUGAUCAAUGUUUCUUAUAUUAAGCAAUAGAUUAAUUAACAAUUUUAAGGUAUUUAUUCUUAGAUACUUAUAUGUGCUCAAUUUAAAGGUCAGAGUAAUAACCUUUUCCCAGAUGAUCAUUGCUGCAAUUUGUACAACUAUAUUUUGCUAACGUUACAGCUAAAGAUCCCUUAAAGGAUGUUAUGCUGAAUUUUACAAAUGUUGAAAACAACUUAAGAGGAUAAAAGUUGCAGACAGGUCUGACAAGAUGGCACUAAGGUGACCUUGCUAAGGCAAGGUGAAAAAGCCCUUGCAAUGAAUUAUGAAAAGAUCCAGCCUAUAUUUGGGGUCAAGGAUAUGUUUAUUCUUUUUUCUCAGAAAGAAGAUAAAGCUGGAUGAGAUGACUGCAUAUACAGUAAAGGAGUGGCAGACUUGAUGACAUCAUAGUUGCAAACACCCCCAUAGAGGAGUUGGAGAAAGGAGUUGGAGAAGAGUCCAUGGUCCAAUCUUCCCCGCCACCACAGAGAGGAGUGCCUGAUUGUGGGACCACCACUCUACACUGCAGGGUUCCACGCUGCUCUGAGAGACAGAUGUCAAACUGCUUCCAGCCUCGGGACACAGAUCCGGAGGCCCUGCUGAGAUUACCUGACCAUGGUGACUACACUUUUCUGCAGUUUAAAUCCUGUUUUCUUUGGAGCUGAGAUGCAGACUGAACAUUUGACUGUUUUAGUCUCUGGGACACAGAACUCAUUUUAAUUAAAAUAUUGGACCUGAGAACUAAGACCUAAGGUUUCCCCUCAGGGAAAGAAAGUCUCAAAAUAAGAAAGGACUGAAACCCCUCUUUACUUAGGAAGGGGGCAGACUAAGGGUUUAACAGUUGCUCAGAGACUGGAACUGGUAUUUCAUAACAGCAAUGUCAUUGUACUCUUACUGGUAUUGACCUGAUAUUUGUAACUGCAUAUAAGGUGUUGAGAAAAGUUGGUAUUAACCAAUAAUGCUGAGAAUUAUGGUACUGACCUGAUAAUAUCUGUAAAAGUUGGUAUUGACCAAUAAUGCCAAGAAUUAUGGUACUGACCUGGCGAUAUCUGUAAAAGUUGGUAUUAAUCAAUAAUUCUGAGAAUUAUGGUACUGACCUGAUGAUAUCUGUAAAAGUUAGUAUUGACCAAUAAUGCUGAGAAAUAUGGUACUGAACUGAUGAUAUCUGUAGAAGUUGAUAUUGAUCAAUAAUACCAAGAAUUAUGAUACUGACCUGAUGAUCUUUGUAACUGCACAUAAGAUGUUGAGGAAAAUUGGUGUUGACCAAUAAUGCCGAGAAUUAUGAUACUGACCUGAUGAUGUUUGUAACUGCUGAGAAAAGCUUGAUACACCCUGUAAAUGUUGGGAGUUGAUGCAUAUGUUAAAGAAUUUUAGAUUUUUAUUCAAUGAAAAAGAUUUAAGAGGUGCUCUAAACUAACAGAAGAAACAUUUUCAUCUCAGGUGAUCCUUUCUCCUUUAAAUAGGAGACUGUAGGUUUUGAAACAUGGCAGACGACAUAGAUCAGCAACAAACCACCAAUACCAUAGAGGAGCCCCUGGAUCUCAUCAGGCUCAGUUUGGAUGAGCGAAUUUAUGUGAAGAUGAGAAACGACCGAGAGCUUCGAGGCAGAUUACAUGCUUAUGAUCAACAUUUAAAUAUGAUCCUGGGAGAUGUGGAAGAAACCGUGAGAAUGAUAGAGAUUGAUGAAGAGACAUAUGAGGAGAUAUAUAAAUCAACAAAACGGAACAUCGCCAUGCUCUUCGUCUGGGGAAAUGGUGUUGUUCUAGUUGCCCCUCCAUUGAGAGUCGGCUGAGACAGAAGAGGAUCCUGUGUAGGAAAUGGAGACUUUGCCUCUUGAGAUGUACAGAACACUCACAGAGAGAAGCUCACAUGCAUUCUGAUAACAGAAAUGACCCCAGGAUUUCUCCACCCUCAAGAAAGUUCAUUUCCGAGUAACUUAUAGCCUCUCAGCUAAAUCCCAUGUUCCUUUUCUCCAGCCCUCCUGUCAGUGUCUCCAGCUUCCUCACUCUUUUCAGGAGUUGUUUGCCCAUUGUUCUUGCAGUUACUUUCAGGUUGUUUUUCUUUAAAUUAAAUUUGAUGUCCCUUUUAAAAAAAAAA